UUCAGUAUCCGUGCUGGUAACCCGGACGUUGUCACGACCUGUUUUUUUACCUGACAAUCCAAAGCAUUGAAGAGGUUUGAUGAAACAUGAGAUCAGAAGUAAGGGUGGCAGGUAAAGAGGGAUGAACACCGAGGGGUGCUGUAUUCACCAGCGGCGGGGUCGAGAGAUAAUACCCAGACAGCGGCUGUGGACAGGACAAGUAUCCGCGGAGAACUGAGGGAAGCAGACUGACCGCACACGGCUCCAGAGCGAAGGACAGCUUGUCGAAGCGGGCUGCUUCAUCGAGGUGACGGUCUCAACAUCCAUUCAUUAAUGGUUGACAGGUAUCCGUGUGCUGCCGAAAUUCAGCCCGACGCCAGUUACUUGAUGUGAAAGGGCAGCAGCAGCACCAUGCCUGUGAACCUGAAGUUCCUGUCUCUGGGAGUCCUGGUCUUCCAGACCACCAGCCUGGUCCUGACCAUGCGCUUCUCUCGCACGCUGAAGGAAGACGGGCCCCGGUACCUGGCUUCAUCCGCCGUCGUCGCUGCGGAGCUCCUGAAGAUCGGGGCCUGUGUUCUACUGGUCUUCAAGGACACUGGCUGCAGUUUGACGGCGCUCAACACAGUUUUACAUGACGAGAUUGUAAACAAGCCAAUGGAAAGCCUGAAGCUGGCCGUCCCAGCAGGGAUUUACACUCUACAGAACAAUCUGCUUUAUGUUGCCCUUUCCAAUCUGGAUGCAGCCACUUAUCAGGUCACAUACCAGCUGAAGAUUCUCACCACAGCUCUAUUCUCGGUGUCAAUGCUUGGAAAAAGUUUAAAUAUUUAUCAAUGGCUCUCCCUGGUGAUUUUAAUGACCGGAGUAGCGUUUGUUCAGUGGCCCUCAGACUCUGUGGACUCGGCUCAGAAGGACCUGUCCACAGGCUCGCAGUUUGUAGGACUCGCGGCCGUGCUGACAGCCUGCUUCUCCAGUGGAUUUGCUGGGGUUUAUUUUGAGAAAAUCUUGAAGGAAACGAAGCAGUCUGUGUGGAUUAGAAACAUUCAGCUUGGUUUGUUCGGUGUUGUAUUUGGGCUCAUGGGCGUCUAUGUGUAUGAUGGGGAGCGAGUGCAGGAGCACGGGAUGUUCCAGGGAUACAGCGCUCUCACCUGGGCCGUCGUGUCACUUCAGGCUUUGGGAGGGUUAGUUAUAGCAGCUGUCAUUAAAUAUGCUGACAAUAUUUUGAAAGGAUUUGCAACCUCCCUAUCCAUCAUCCUUUCUACACUGAUUUCAUAUUUCUGGUUACAGGAUUUUGUGCCAACAAGUGUGUUUUUCUUUGGAGCAGUGCUGGUAAUAGCAGCUACAUUUUUAUAUGGGUAUGAAGCCAAACCUGCAGCUGAUCCAAGCAAAGCAUGAAGAACAGUGUGAGGGUCUGUAGGAGUGCAGCCGCAUGGAAACUGGAAGCUGCAACAUGUACAGCAAGACUGCGUCGCAGAACCCUGUGGAGCCGUGUGUUCAGCACAUCAGAGCAGCCCUCUGGGUGAAGAACAAGCACAGGGGAUAAUGACAAGAGGAACGCAGAGUCUUCAACAACCACAAUAUUAUAGAAAAAGAGGAAAACAUUUUAUAAAUGCUCCUCGAAGCAUACAAUAACAAACCUCCAUUUUAAUCUUGUGGUUUUAAAAUGAUUCUAUUAAAGUGAAAAUGGUAUGGUGGAAAAAAUGGGUGUUUGCUAAAACAGUGCUAUUAUAAAAUAUGCACACAUCACUGUGCAGCUAUUAUAAAAUGUGCACACAUCACUGUCACUGUGCAGCUAUUAUAAAAUGUGCACACAUCACUGUCACUGUGCUGAUAUUAUAAAAUGUGCACACAUCACUGUCACUGUGCUGAUAUUAUAAAAUGUGCACACAUCACUGUCACUGUGCAGCUAUUAUAAAAUGUGCACACAUCACUGUCACUGUGCUGAUAUUAUAAAAUGUGCACACAUCACUGUCACUGUGCUGAUAUUCUAAAAUGUGCACACAUCACUGUCACUGUGCUGAUAUUAUAAAAUGUGCACACAUCACUGUCACUGUGCUGAUAUUAUAAAAUGUGCACACAUCACUGUCACUGCUGAUAUUAUAAAAUGUGCACACAUCACUGUCACUGUGCAGCUAUUAUAAAAUGUGCACACAUCACUGUCACUGUGCUGAUAUUAUAAAAUGUGCACACAUCACUGUCACUGCUGAUAUUAUAAAAUGUGCACACAUCACUGUCACUGUGCAGCUAUUAUAAAAUGUGCACACAUCACUGUCACUGCUGAUAUUAUAAAAUGUGCACACAUCACUGUCACUGCUGAUAUUAUAAAAUGUGCACACAUCACUGUCACUGUGCUGAUAUUAUAAAAUGUGCACACAUCACUGUCACUGUGCUGAUAUUAUAAAAUGUGCACACAUCACUCACUGCAGCUAUUAUAAAAUGUGCACACAUCACUGUCACUGUGCUGAUAUUAUAAAAUGUGCACACAUCACUGUCACUGCUGAUAUUAUAAAAUGUGCACACAUCACUGUCACUGUGCUGAUAUUAUAAAAUGUGCACACAUCACUGUCACUGUGCUGAUAUUAUAAAAUGUGCACACAUCACUCACUGCAGCUAUUAUAAAAUGUGCACACAUCACUGUCACUGUGCUGAUAUUAUAAAAUGUGCUCACAUCACUGUCACUGCAGCUAUUAUAAAAUGUGCACACAUCACUGUCACUGCAGCUAUUCUAAAAUGUGCACACAUCACUGUCACUGCAGCUAUUCUAAAAUGGGCACACAUCACUGUCACUGCAGCUAAUGUGCUCACAUCACUGUGUGGCAACCGCCACACAAUGUGCUGCAAGAAGCGUAGCACCUGCGCAUUCUUAAGUGAAUGCCAGUAAGCCUGGCCAGGCAAUCUAGUUAUUUCAUGACAGCGUUUUUAAUUAGCUCAUUAAUAUUUCGCCAUACAUACGUGUAUAUAUAAUCUAUUUCCUUGCCUGGUUUAAAAAUAAACUCUUGGGGCAAUUAUUGUUUUAGUUCGUGUGCUGGGUACAUUUGUUUAUAUUUGGGUUAAAACGCUAUGGUCCGAGACUAAUUAGUUUUAGGUAUUUUGGCCAUUACUGUUUUCCGUAAUUGGGGGCGGAGUUUCCUUUGGUUAAAAGCUCGAGAUAGGGUAUAAAAGAGGGUUUUUGAAAGUCUGUUUAAGAGAGAGAAUAAAUACGGAGUUAUUAGAGACAGAGAGAUAACUUGCAGGUAACCUGUUCAAACGGCAGAAAAAACGAGUUAGUCUGUAUAGCAUGCUUCUAGUCGGUGUUAUGUCAAACAACCGUGUUUUGGUUUUUACCAGUUUCUAUAGCGGGUUCGACUAAUACUAGUAGGUUGGCCCAAAGAUGCACCUGGCGAUCCUGCCUCUAUGGCGAACACUGCUCAGAGCGCUCUGUGAUACUCAUGAACUUGGCAGUUUUCAACUCGUUGUAUAAUUAAAUACAAAUCACCUAAGCACCAUCUUUACUAGUGCAAUAGCUAUUAGCACACGCUGCUCAGUGCUCUUUGGGCAAUACUUCUGUUUUGGGGUCCUAUUUUUCUUCCAGCUGGUUUGAUUUAUAUAUUUACUUUGAUACUUUACUGCUUUUACGGGACAACGGAACGAGAGAAGAUAAUCAAGCAAAUGGCGACUCCCAACAUUGUAUGAACUGGAGGACUUGCACACGGAUUCAUCAUAACCGGGUGAGAUCGAGCCUUUUUUAUUUUUUGCUGAAGUUUGGAUUACAAAUAUUUUUUGAAUGGCCAUUCAGGUUUUUGUUUGGAGAGUGUUCUUUUGGGAUUGCUGGAUUGUUGUGUAUAUUUUUUUGGUUUGUUUUGUUACGUUCUGGGUGCGUUUUAAUAUCAAGCCCGGGACUGAAACAUUUAAGUACUCAUACACUUGGAUAUAAUUAUUGCAACUGCGUGGGCCAUAGAAUGAACAGCCUGAUUAUUGGUUGGCCUGCCUGUAUUUUUUUGUUGUCUCCUUCCCUCUUAUUUUUUUUUUCUUUUUUGUUUACUCAAGUUCCCACAGCGAGGCAGAUUAUUAAUGGUUUUGCUAUACAUUGGUAUUGUGAUUAUCGGUACAAAGGCCUGUUUAUAUAAUAAAUAUAUAUAUAUAUAUAUAUAUAUAUAUAUAUAUAUAUAUAUAUAUAUAUAUGUGUUUGUCUUUUCCAAUUGCAUUUUUAUGUGAUUAGCAUUGCAGUGUUGGUGUGCUCCUUGAAGGAUUAUCUAGAGAGAUACUGGGUAGUUUCUUCUACUAAUAGUUUUACUGGAUAUUGUUUGCUCUACCAACCUGGAUAUUUAGUUUGCUUACCAUUGAGUCAGGGUUGAUAUUUGCCAGAUUUCUGAUCUUAAGACUUACUGUUCUGAUUACUCCAGGGUACACCUGUGCUUAGUACUAUAUACAAAUAGACAUAAUAAACCUAUCCUGUUUAAAAUUUA